AUGAAGGAUUCGUUUGAAGCAGCCAUUGAGGAGCAACAGGAAUGGCCCCCGGAAUCACCUGGUGGCGGAGGCGGAGAUAGACCAUGGAAAAUAGAGCAGACUCCAGAAGAAGAAGAUGAGAGAGCUCUGAAGAGAUGUAAAACCUCCGAAGAGGAAGACAACAUGGGAGCUGAGUUCACCAGAUACCCAACUCCUGCGAAGAUGACCAUUUUAACGCAAUUGACAGAGGAUCAAAUGAGCCGAUAUGAAUCUUUCAGGAGAUCUGCGCUUCAUAAAUCAAACAUGAAGAAGUUAUUACAGAGUAUCACAGGUCAGAAGGUCAGCGACACUUUGAAUAUCGUUGUGUGUGGUAUUGCCAAGAUGUUUGUUGGUGAACUCGUGGAAACAGCUCGAGUUGAAAUGGGUAAGAGGAAAGAUUCAGGACCUAUCAGACCUUCCCAUAUCAGAGAGUCCUAUCGAAGACUUAAGCUCCAAGGCAAAGUACCUAAGAGAUCAGUUCCACGGCUUUUCCGCUAG